AAAAACAAUCGGAAGUUGUAUUUUAUUUUGUAAAUGUUUGGGAACAGUGCAUCGAUACUGGAUCGAGACGUUCUUGUCAGCUGUGUUUUGGUGUUCACAACAUGAGAACAAAAAUCACAUGACAUCUAAAGAUACACUAUAACUUCAGCCCGUCAUGGAUGCAGCGCUUGAGAGGCACUGCUCGGAGCUGGUGGCCCGGGAGAGGAGCGGGCACACGGCUGUGGUGGAGGAAAACCUGCUCUAUGUGUGGGGAGGUUACAUGUCAGUAGCUGACGAUGAAGUUUUCCUGCCCAAUGAUGAAAUCUGGACAUAUGACUUAGAACGAGGUGUAUGGGAAGUGUUUCACAUGACAGGGGAAGUCCCUCCCUCGAUGUCUGGGACCUGCGGCUCUUCCCUGAAUGGACGCAUGUACAUAUUUGGAGGUUGUGAUGACAAUGGACAAACCAAUCAGAUCUAUUGUGUGGACCUGACAGAUGGUAAAUACACGUGGAGGAAGAUCAUCCAUGAGAUUGGUUCUGCUCCUUCGCCGCGAGACAAACUGUCUUGCUGGGUUUACAAUGGAAGACUCAUGUACUUUGGAGGAUACGGUCACAAACUACUGACUGACGUCCAUCGCAGGAACAGAAGUUUCAUUGUCGAUGAAGCAUCAUGGGUGGAAGACGUCUUCUGGGGUUGGAACAACGAGGUUCAUGUAUUUGACCCAAUGCAAGCCAGUUGGAGUGAACCAAAGACCCAUGGUCGUGCUCCCGCCCCCAGGGCCGCCCACGCCAGCGCCACGCUUGGACAUAGAGGAUACAUUUGUGGAGGCAGAGUCAUGGAAACCAGGACGAGUGACAUUCACUGCCUGGACUUUGAAUCAUGGAUGUGGUCAGAAAUAGUCCCAGUGUCCGCCACACCAGUGGGCAGAUCGUGGCACACGCUCACAGCAGUAUCAAACAGCUCCCUGUUCCUGUUUGGAGGUCUCAGUGUGGACUGCAAACCAAUGAGCGAUGGUUGGUUGUUUGAUGUCGAAACAAAGAGAUGGAGAGAAGUCGAGCAUCCUUUUAAGAACAAGCCAAGGUUGUGGCACACAGCAUGUCAAGGCAAGGACUCCGACGUGAUCGUGUUUGGUGGAAGUUGUGAUUACAUCCUCCUCGUUGACACUGGUCACUGCAAUGAUGCACUUGUUUUCCAGAUGCAGCCAUAUCCUCUGUUCAGGAUCUGCGAGGAUUACAUUGCAAAGAAUGUGAAGAGCUACGAAGUGCUCAGAAAUCAGCUUCCACUCCUGCCUCCCAAACUACUGACUGCAGUGCAGAGGAGGAUGUCUUUCUACAGGCCUUCAAAGAAGCAAAAAUACUAGUGAUGAGAAUGUCUCAAUUGCCAACAACAAUGCAUUAUCAUACAAAGAGUACUGUACUUCUGUCAAUGUGAACAUCUCAGUCACACUAUGUGGUAGCCUUUUAAUUUUUUUUUACAAGUAAAUAUAAUGUGCAAAAAUAUUUAUGGUGUUAUAUUUUAUCGUUUGCACAUUUUAUUUUGUACAGUCUGCUGUCUGCUGAAAUGCUCUUACAAACCUGUUCCCGUGAUGACUGCAAUGAUUAAAUAGCACAUCAAACA